AUAACAACUAAUCCUUAUUUCUGCAUUGCUUAUUCCUUAUUGACUGUGCACACAUACAAUGGAUUGCAUGAGAAUCCAAAGCCCCUUGUCUCUUAAGAAGAAUUGGAAAUAUGAUGUGUUUGUGAGUUUUAGAGGGGAGACUCGCUUCAACUUCACUGAUCAUCUUUAUGCUGCUCUCCAAAGACACGGCAUAUUUGCCUUCAGGGAUGAUACUAAGCUCGAGAAAGGAGGACUUAUAUCUGCAGGGCUUCUGAAAGCUAUUGAAGGAUCACAGGUUCUGAUUGUUGUCUUCUCUAUCAACUAUGCUUCCUCCACAUGGUGCUUGCAAGAGCUGGCAAAGAUAGCUGACUGCAUUGAAACACCGGGACAGCGUGUUCUGCCAGUUUUCUAUGAUGUGAGUCCAACUGAGGUGAGAAGGCAAAGUGGAAAUUAUGAAAAAGCCUUUAUGAAACAUGAAGAAAGAUUCAAAGAUGAUGCAGAGAAGAUGGAGCAAGUGCGAAGAUGGAGGGCGGCUCUAACACAAGUAGCUAAUCUCUCUGGCUGGGAUGUGAAGAAGGAUAAGUCACAAUCUGCUGAGAUUGAAAAUAUCGUCAAAGUGGUAACAAACAUAGUGAGUCCCAAACCAUCAUCAAGUCUAUCUGAUGAUAUAGUUGGGAUGCAUUCUCCUCUACAUGAAUUAGAAAAGCUUCUACUUUUGCUCUCAGACGAUGAUGUUCGAGUUCGAGUUGUAGGGAUUUGUGGAAUGGGCGGCAUAGGAAAGUCAACUCUUGCCACCAUUUUAUAUGGAAAAAUCUCUCAUCAAUAUGAUUCUUCAUGUUUUGUGGAUGACGUAAGUAGAAUUUACGGAGAUUAUGGUCCACUUGGUGUACAAAAGCAACUUCUUUGUCAAGCUUUCAUGCAAGAAAAUUUUUCGAUAUGCAAUCUUUCACUGGCAAAUAAUCUGAUUCAAACUAGGUUAUGCCAUAGAAAGGUUCUCCUAGUUCUUGAUAAUGUUGAUGAGGGGAUUCAAUUGGAGAAGUUGGCUAUAAAACGGGAAAGGCUAGGUAGAGGGAGUAGAAUAAUCAUAGUUUCUAGAGAUGAGCAUAUAUUGAGAGAGUAUGGAGCGGAUGAAGUUUUCAAAGUUCCGCUCUUAAAUGAUGAGAAUGCUCUCCAAUUGUUUUGCAGAAAAGCUUUCAAAUGUAAUCACGUUGCAAAAGAUUACGAGAGCCUGACAGAUUCUGCAUUAAAAUAUGCUAAUGGACUUCCUUUAGCGAUUAAAGUAUUGGGCUCAUUUUUGUUUGGGCGAGAUGUCUCCGAAUGGAGUAGUGCAUUAAUUAGAUUGAAAGAAAAGCCAACAAAAGAUAUUAUGGAUGUGCUACGAAUCAGUUUUGAUGCACUUGACGAUAUGGAAAAGGAAAUAUUUCUUGAUAUUGCUUGUUUCUUUCCAUUUAAGCGCGAAGAAUAUGUGAAAGAGAUUUUACGUAUUCGAGGAUUUUAUCCUGAUAUUGGUAUAAGAAUUCUCAUUGAUAAAUCACUUAUAACUAUUUUUGAUGGAUGGGAGAUAGUUAUGCACGAUCUGUUGAGAGAGUUGGGUAGAAGUAUUGUUCGAGAAAAAUCACCCCACGAACCAAGAAAGUGGAGCAGGUUGUGGAAUCAAAAGGAUCUAAGCAAUGUCUUACGAGAAAACAAGAUAGCAGAAAACCUUGAAGCCAUAGUUCUCCGAGAAUUUUGUAUCUACAGGGAAGAGUUGCCAGUUGAAGCUUUAUCACAAAUGAGUAACCUGAAAUUGCUUAUUAUACUUAGUCUUACUGAAAAUUUGAGUUUCUCAGGAUGCCUGCAUUUUCUUUCUAAUGAGUUGGGAUAUCUUGAAUGGGAAAGUUAUCCUUUCACAUGUUUGCCAUCAAGCUUUCAGCCAAAUAAACUCGUUAAACUAAUCCUGGAUUAUAGCAACAUCAAAGAACUCUGGAAGGGAAUAAAGGAUCUACCUAAUUUGACACAUAUAGCACUAAGAGGUUCUCAUAAUCUUGUAAAGAUACCAAACUUAUCUCAGGCCCCAAAUCUUGAGGAACUAAAUCUUGAAGGAUGUGUUAAACUUGUUCACCUUGAUCCAUCUGUUGGUUCUCUACAAAAACUUCGUUUCUUGAAUCUGAAAUGGUGCAAAAGCCUUGUAAAGAUACCCAUCUUAGCUCGGACUCCAAAUCUUGAGGCAAUAAAUCUUGAAGGAUGUGUUAAACUUGUUCACCUUGAUCCAUCUGUUGGUUCUCUAGAAAAACUUCGUUUCUUGAAUCUGGAAUGCUGCAAAAGCCUUGUAAAGAUACCCAUCUUUUCUCGGACUCCAAAUCUUGAGAUGUUAAAUCUUGGAGGAUGUGAUAAACUUGUUCACCUUGAUGCAUCUAUUGGUUCUCUAGAAAAACUUCGUUUCAUGAAUUUGGAAAACUGCAAAAAUCUUGUUAGUAUUCCCAAUAGCAUAUUUCAUCUUAAUUCUCUUCAAGAUUUAAAUCUUUCUGGGUGUUCGAAAUUAUUUAAAUAUCAGUUGUUAGAGAAUCCAAGACAGAGCGAGCAGUUGAAUACAGGUCAAAGUGUGCAAAGCCACAUGACAUCAUCCAUAUGCAAAACUCUUACAAGGCCUCUCCAUUUUUUAUCUUCUAGAAGGCGUUCGAAUUCAGUUGGUUCAUUGGUGCCUUCUUUGUCUCGUUUCCCAGUUUUGACAUCUCUUGACAUAAGUUUCUGUAAUCUAGUUCAAAUCCCUGAAGCUAUUGGACAGUUACAUUGUUUAGAAGAUUUAAAUAUAGGGGGAAACAAUAUUGUUGCGCUACCUCAUUGCAUCAAGGAACUUCCCAAGCUAAGGAAGUUGAACUUGGAGUACUGUAAGCAUCUAAAGUGGUUGCCAAGUACACUUUUGCCGAUCAGAAGAGAUUGCUAUGGAGGAAUAUAUGUUUUCAACUGCCCAAAUUUGAGUGACACGGAAGGUUGUCGUGUGACAGUUAUUUCAUGGAUGAUAAAAAUGAUUCAGGUGAACUUGCAAUGCUCUUUCCCCAAAUACAGCAUUAGAGCUGUUGUUCCAGGAACUAAAAUUCCAAGGUGGUUCAGCGAACAGAAUGCGGGUAGUUCAAUAUGGCUGGAUCCGUCUCCCAUUCUAGAUGACAACAAUUGUAUUGGCAUUGCUGUUUGUGGAACAUUUGUUGCACAUCAUGCUUCACCUCAAUUUGUUCGACGAGUGACAGGAUCUCUUUUACAUUGUCAUUUUCAUCGAAGUUGCUAUCGGGGGGGCGUUUAUUACAUUGUUCCAAUACGGUUUAAGCAGGAUUUGAUCACAACUGAAUUGGAUCAUAUGUUGCUAAUGUUUUGCUCCCGGGAAAAUAUCAUUCAUUAUUUUUCAGAGGUUUUAAAAGAAGGGCCAUGUUAUCGUGAUGGUAAUGAAUUGGCCAUCGAAAGUGAUUAUCCAGAAGUAGUAGAAGUGAAGAGUGUUGGUUAUCGUUGGGUAUUCAAGGAAGAUGUGGAACAAUUUAACCCAACAAUGAUGUACGGAGCCAAUUCUUCAUCUCGUCACAAUCAGAAGCACAAGUUUUUGGCAAUUCAAGAUGAGCAAUUAAUGUAGCCCGCAAUCCUUAAAUUGAUGAAUGAAUGAAAAUGUUGCAUCUGCGUUUUGUCUACUACUUAAACAUUUUUAACACCUCCCACAAUA